AUGCCUGAAACAACUUGUGAGAAAAUAAAACGAUAUUGUUCACCAUUUACAUAUGCUUGUGCACCUAGCCAUUUAAAAUCUGUUCUUCUUAGUUCCGUUACUGAAUAUGAAACACCAAAAAUUAUUACUAUUCAUUCAUAUUCAAUAGCAUUAACGUGCCGUUUUGUACAGUUACUUAUUUUAUUUUAUGCAUUCGGUUAUUUAAUGUGGUAUAAACGUGGUUAUCAAGAUCGUGAUCCAUCAUUAAUAUCAUCUGUAACACUUAAAGUUAAAGGUGUUGCUAGUGUAAAUAGAAAUGAAACAAUUACAUUAGAUAAUGCUGAUUAUGUUAUACCACCACAAGAAAAUAAUGCUAUUUUUAUUAUGACAAAUUUUAUUCAAACUGAUCAGCAACCAAAACGUUGCGGUGAAGGAGUUGAUAUAACCGCCUCUGUAUGUACUAAUGAUACUCAAUGUAAAAAAUUCGGUCCUUAUCCUUCUAAAAGUAAUGGACGUUGGACAGGAAAAUGUCGUAUUCCUGAAGGUCGUUGUGAAAUGGAAGGUUGGUGUCCGGUAGAAAAUGAUCUUUCACCGCCUCAACCAAUAAUGGAAUCAUUAAAUUUUACAAUCUUUGUUAAAAAUUUCAUUGAAUUUACACGUUUUAAUAUUGCACGAACAAAUAUAUUUCAUGGUCACGAAAAUAUUACACAAUGUAUUUAUCAUCCAGAAAAUGAUAAAUAUUGUCCAAUAUUUCGUGUUGAAGAUCUAUUAAAAAUAGUUGAACCCGAUGAUGACGAACGUCUUAAAAUGUUAACAUUUGGUGCUGUUGUUCGUAUUAAAAUCGAUUGGAUAUGUAAUUUAGAUUUAGGUGGUGAUCAAUGUAAACCAAAAUAUUCAUUUGGUCGUUUAGAUUCAAGAUAUAAGGAUGAACGAUUUUCUUUUGGUUUUAAUUUUCGUUAUGCAUCACAUUGGAAAUUUGAAAGUGAUGCACAUCGUACAUUAACAAAAGCAUUUGGUUUAAGAUUAAUUGUUACUGUUACGGGUGAAGCUGGUCGAUUUGAUUUUCUUGUUUUAACACUUAAUAUAGGCUCAAUGAUUGGUGUACUUGGUUUAGCAACAUUUAUAUGUGAUAUUGUUGCAUUAUAUUUUUGUAAACAAGGUUCAAUUUAUCGUAAACAAAAAUUUCAAACAGUUAGUCUUGCAACUGGAUCCGUAGCAACAGCAGCAGCAAUAGCAACUGUUAAUAAUCAAAAACCAUUAGAUUAUGAGAAAUAUUCACUAAAUCAAACACGUUAUAAACAAAUGACUAGUCAUUUAGCUAUUGGAGAUGAAUGUUAA